CUAGCCGCAAUGCCGAUACUUGAUAACAAGGCGUACCAGAAACAACUCCGUACGUGGAUUGGUGACCCGGCCUUGACCUUUGACCUUCUGUACAGCGCCUCCAGAGACGGCUGCAAUGGUCAGGCGUUCCAUUCGAAGUGCAACAACCAAGGUCCGACUGUUUCUGUUGGUCAGAACAGCGCUGGUUACGUCAUAGGGGGAUACACAAGCAUCGCGUGGACAUCGAGCGGAAGUUAUAUUAAUGAUGACCGUUCAUUUUUGUUCCAGCUCCUACCAAACAUGGUAAAGUUUGCUCUCAAUGGGUACGAGGAUUAUGUUUAUGACAACGCUAACUAUGGCCCCACGUUUGGAGGUGAUCACGAUCUGUUGUUCAUUUCCAAUUCAUACAAUAAGUCUGGUGCUUAUUUCAACACAAAUGGCUACAGUAGUAUCGGUAAUACUUAUAAUACCAAUGGUUACAACGCCCAAACAUUUACUGGUAACAACAAAGCCUAUCUCGACAUUGAAGUGUACGCUGUAAAACAGGGAAAUCUGGAAGAUGAAUUAUAUGAGAAAGAUAAACCGUGGCGCAAAACUGACAUUAACGACUGGAGUAACAAGACUAAAGACAAAAUUUUUGAUGAAUUGGUGUCUUACUCCACUCCAAGCCCAGCCAAAGUCCCCGCCGCACGGCUUCUCCUGGUGGGCAGUGUGGGGGCGGGGAAAUCCAGCUUCUUUAACACCGUGCGCUCUGUGUGGAAAGGCAAAGUACGCAGCCAGGCGGCGACCGGAACGGCACCCCAAAGCCUCACAACCAAGUAUCGUGUGUAUGCGAUCCAAGGAGGCCACCAGACACCUGCGUUCCGUCUGUGUGACACCAUGGGUCUGGAAGAGGACCAGGGACUAGAUGUGGUCGACAUGUCCUAUGUGCUGGAUGGUCACGUGCCGAACCAUUUCCAGUUUAACCCGGCUGUGCGUAUCACACGUAAAUCUCCUGGUUUUGUGAAGGAUCCUGGUUUGGCUGACGUCAUUCACUGCGUAACACUUGUCAUAGAUGGCAGCACAUACAAGGUCAUGCCACCCAAGGUCAAGGACAGACUGCUGGCUAUACGAACUCUGGCACGUGGCAGAGAUAUCCCGGUCCACGUGGUCUUGACCAAGGUGGACAAAGUAUGCAAAGACGUAGCUGAAGACCCAUCUGUGAUAUUUCACAGUCGUCUGAUUGAAAAGAAAGUGAAAGAAAUCAGUGACGCAUUCGGCAUACAGAGUAAUCACGUCCAUCCCGUGAGGAACUACGAGUCCGAGACUUCUGUUGACCCCAGGCUGGACAUCCUGACACUGAACGCCCUCAGACAGAUGACCGGAAGUGCCGAGGACUACAUUGAGGAUCAACUCGACGACAUGGAGGAGGAGACCGACACCCAAAUGUCUAAGAUUAAUAUCAAAAGUUAACUCCGAGGAUGUCCGGAACCACACAAAAUUUAGUAAUGAAUUAAAUUAGAAACGGGCUCGAAAUACUGCAGACACUGUUGAAUGCUUUUAGAUUGGAUAACGCGUUAAUACUACUCAAUCAUUUAAUGUUCACUAGUCGCUUGCUUAGGUACAUUCUGACGAUAUGUGGGGAAUCACACUUUUUAGUAUCGAGACAAUGGCUUCAUGAACUUUUUAAACCAUGGCUUCUAAAUCAGAAUAGUCAUCGUAGCUUACACACACUGGACAAAAGAAGUGUCACCCCUACUGAGCCAAUACUAUGGGGGAGAUAAAUGA